AAAACAAAUGUUUUGUAGACUUGUUUUAUUUAUUGUUUAUUAAUAAAGAUGUGUUAUUAAUAUCAUUCAUAUGUGUACUGAACUUAUAAAUAAAUAAAUUGAUCUCCGUACUCUAACUUGUGUCUUUUUUAUUUAUCUCUAAUGACGUUACAACAACAGAAGCUCUCGUCUUUUGUCAUAAGAAGUGAAAACACACACAUUAUCACUGCGAUGAAACAUCUGGCGGCGUAUUGCAACGAGCACACUCCGAAAAUGUGAAAUUAAGAAACUUCCUGUGAGGACAAAUACGGCAGCAAGUGUGUUCUUCCUGAGAAAAGAAAGCAUUGUGUGCCUGCAGGGCCCCGGGGCCUUAUCUGCUCCAGCGGGGAGGAUGUGGUCAGUGCUGGGGGGCUUUGUUGAUGGGUUGACUGGUGCGCUGGUGUCGGGGGGCUUUGUGGGAUGGUGGCCAUUGUUCCUGUGAGCGUUGGGUAGAAAACCUUCCGGAGAGGCUAUAAAACGAGUCCCGGCACACUCGAGCGUCUCAAAGCCACUUCAGUGAAAAGGACCGAGCUGCACAUCGACACUCGAGCCUCGUCGGUCAUGAAUUCUUUCCAGGAGACUCAGUCUGACUUGGAGGUGAUCUUAGAGUUCCUGGAGGAGUACUACAGACAACACAGCGGAGGAAAUGUGGACAAGAUGUACUGGGCCGCGGUUGAGCCUGGAGAGGACGGAGGGGAACCUGUGGACGAAGGGUGGGGCGAGCAGCGCUGGACGGGCGGUGACUCGGCUACCAUCAAACCUGCACACGAUGCCCCCCCGGCCCUCAGCCAGAAAACAACAACAACAACAACGUUGUGUGAGCAGUGGUUACCGGCUAGCUUCGUAUCAACAAGACAACCAACAAAACACACCCCGGGGAGUGGCGGAAAGGUGCGCCUCUUUCACUUUCUGUUCGAGGUGCUGGAGGAUCCCAACAUGGCCCACUGCGUGUCGUGGGUGCCGGAGGCGGCGGCCGGCGGCGUCUUCCGCUUCUCCUCCACGAACAAGGAGCAGGUGGCGGUGCUGUGGGGUCAGAGGAAGGGCAACAAGAGGCCCAUGACCUACCAGAAGAUGUCCCGCGCCCUCAGGAACUACGGCCGGACCGGAGAGAUCGUAAAGGUGAAGAAGAAGCUCACCUACCAGUUCAGCCGAGAGACGCUGAUGCGACUGCGGAAGUGUCAACGGGGAGAUUUGUGAAGCGGACUCGAUUUCUCUUGCCAUAACUCAAAAUGUGCUCUUCACUCGUUUUGUUUUUUCUACUCUGAGAAAUUUUGACUUUCAACAAUUUCUGUGACAAAUUCAACAAGUUGGUUUUCUUGAAGUUGGUACAUUGAGUUUGGGGUGUAAAUAAUAAUAAUAAAAACAUACUUAACACCUUAAAGUGUUUUAUUUGAUACAUUUUAUUUUAUUUUUUAUUUUUUUCUACUCUGAGAAACUUUGACUUUUCUUGAAGUUGGUACAUUGAGUUUGGUGUGUAAAUAAUAAUUACAAAAACAUACUUAACAUCAUAAAGUGUUUUAUUUGAUCCAUUUUAUUUGUUGUUGUUUUUUUCCUACUCUGAGAAAAUUUGACUUUUCUUGAAGUUGGUACAUUGAGUUUGAGGUGUAAAUAAUAAUAAUAAAAACAUACUAUAUAUCUUAAA